UAGAAGCAGUUUGUCAGACAACUGAAAAAACAUGGAGAGGAAGACCUGCAGCACCUUGACACUUAUAUUUCUGUCAUCUUUACAAGUAGGUUUUCUUUCCUGUGAUGCUGCAGAGGUUCUAGCUUCUAUGAACCCAGCAGUAGUCGGAAGCACAGUGACGCUGUCGCUGUCUCCCUCUGUGACUUUGACAAGUGGCAACUGGGCGGUGGGAGAGAAAUUCAUCCUUACUUGGCUUGGGCAGCAGCAGGCGGUUUUUCCUGGUUACAGCAGCAGGGCUUCGGUUAACGUGACGAGUGGAGAUCUCACCCUGAGCUCCCUCACUGUGAGCGACACAGGGGUCUACACAGUGCAGAGCGGCGACCCCCUACUAAAGGCCAGCGUUCCUCUCACUGUUGUAGAGCCCAUAUCAAAUGUGACCCUCAACAUAAAUGGAAGUGAUCUGAUAGAGCGCCAAACCUCAGGGCUGAUUAACUGCUCCGUCUCGACUGGAUCUUCUCUGUCAUUCCUUUGGAUGAAUGGCAGCUCUGAAAUUACAGCCUCUGACAGAGUUCAGCUCAGCGAUGGAAACUCCACUCUCAACAUUGUCAGCGUGAGCCGCUAUGAUUCAGGACCAUUUCGAUGUGAUGUUUCUAAUCCUAUCAGUAAUGGGAGCAGUGAUUCAGUAAACUUCACAGUAAGCUAUGGCCCAGAUAACAUGCGUGUCAUUGUGAAUGAACUGAACAACACUUCCUUCUCAGUUGGGUCAAAUCUGAGCCUACUCUGUUUAACAGAGUCCAGCCCUCCAGCUUAUCUUCAGUGGGCCUUCAAGGGGAACAUUGUGAAUGUAACAGGAACAAUGUUGGAGCUUUCUCAUGUCAGAGAGGACCAGAGCGGUCCAUAUUCCUGCCUGGCCUUCAACAACCGCACCAACCUGCGCAGCAAUGUAACAACCUACAUUACAAUAUCAAAGUCUGAACAGCUGGAAGUGAAUAUAUUUAUUCUUUCUUUGCUGAUCUUGACUGGAUUCUCUUUAUCAAUUGCAGAUCAAUGAGGAUCUUUCAGUCCCAGGAUGAAUUCAAUGCUUUCAGAUAACAUGAACCAAUGUCAGGAGAUGGAGGAUUUGUGAAUAGA